AUGGAUACAACAGAAGAACUAGCAUGCUAUAAACUUCAGCUUCAACAGGUAGAAGCAGCGUUACUUACAGAAGAAAACAAUGAUGAAUUAUUGAAGUUGAAAGUUGACUUACAAGAAAUUAUUGCACUUCAAGAAGAACUAGCAUCAUCAGUUCCUGACCAGUCAAGCAGCACAACUUCGAAUAAUACCAUUGUAAAGCAUUCUUGGAAAGUAGGGGAUCGGUGUAUGGCACCAUCUUCGAAUGGUCAAAGUCAUUUAGCUGUCAUUGAUGGGUUUGCACAUGACACUGCUGCUAUUACUUUCAUUACAAAUGGAACUAAGGCCAUGGUAAAAUUAAGUGAUUUGAGUGCAGUAUCGAAAGAUGACACCAAAACAUAUGUUUGGGAAAAAUCAAAUAAAAACAUUCGUCACCGUAAAAGCGAGUGGCAGAUAGAACGUGAAAGACGACGAUUGCGAGCGCUUAAAAAAGAAAAUCGAAAAAAAGAAUUAGAUGAGGCAAAAGAAGACGAAAAAAAGAAGUGGCUCUCCUUUAAUGCAAAAGCAGCAAGUCGUAGUAUGAAGGGAUUUAAACGGCCUACUGCAUCUGGUUCAGCUCCUGAUGGGCCAGCGUGGGGUAUUGCUUCACAGGCAAAGAUAUCUUCACGACAAGAUCUUGGUGCUUUCAAAUCAACUCAGCGUGGGAAUAUGGAUUCAUUGUUUUAG